CAUCCACCACGGGCUCUUCUUCAUCUGUUGGUAAACGAAGUAUGGGUCAACCAUUAUGCUUUUGUGAAGUUGAAGCCCAAGUGAGAUACUCAUCUACUACAAGAAAUCCAGGACGACCCUUCUUAGGGUGUCCUAAGUACAACACAAAGGGAUUACCAUAUUGUAAGUAUUUCAAGUGGGUAGAAGAGGAUGAAUACAAGAAGUCCGAUCUUCGAGAAAUUCACAAUGAACUAUUAAGAACCAAGAAAGAGCUGAAGAAAAUACUGGAUGAUAUCGAAAAGAGCAAGAUUGAUCUAUGUAAAAGAGCUGAUGAGAUUGAGAUGAAAGAGAUGGAGCUAUCCCAUAGAAAUGAGGAGGUUGUGAACAAGGAGAUGGCGCUUGUUGUACGCGAAGCUGAAUUAAGACGUUCACGCACACUACUCCGGGUGUAUUGGGCAUUUACAUUUGUUGUAGCAUGUUAUUUGUGUUGUCGAUAAGUGACUUAGGAUUAGUAUGAUUGUGUAGAUUAAGACACUCAGAAUAUUUUCAAAGUGUAAGUCAUUUUUGUAUUUUUAUUUUUAUGUUAAUGAGUUGUGGAAGAAACUGGAUGAAGCUACCGUGUUUGAUAUUUUUAUGUUAAUGAGUUGUG